AUGGUGUCGUCGGCACAGGGCAUCCGGACUGCACAUGAUAAUGUAAUCGCCCUGUGCGCACGAAAUAAUAUAAUCUUACCUUGCCUACCAUCGAUUGGGGGCGACGAAGGUGUUGGAGAAAUAGUAGAGAUUGGUAAUCAUGUAUGUACAGUAAAAUCUGGCGAAAGAGUAGUAUUAACUUCGAGAUUACUUGGCACCUGGCGUUAUUACGGAAUUUACCAUGAAAGAGAUGUUCACAUUGUUUCGCCCAAUCUACCAGUACCUGAAGCUGCCAUGCUGACUAUAGCUCCUUGUACAGCUUAUAGAAUGUUAAAAGAUUUCCAAACAUUAAAACCAGGAGACACAGUAAUACAAAACGCUGCUAAUAGCCCAUGUGGACAAUGCAUAAUACAAUUAUGCAAAAUAUGGGGUAUAAAUACAAUAAACAUAGUUGCAAAUCACUGCGGAUAUGAAUCAGUUAAGGAGCAUCUAUUAAAUUUAGGAGCGACUUACGUAUGCACGCUCGAAGAAGCUGAAGAAUUAACAGAGUUCAACACAUCUUUGACGAGACCCCUUUUAGCGUUAAAUUGUUUAGGUAGCAGAUAUGAAAAUGUAAUGCUGAAACUACUUGAGCGUAACGGAACUAUAGUUUACUAUGGUUGCGCAUUUAAUUUACCCUUAGUUAAACAAUUUUUACGGUACGAUGCAACAUUUGGCAGAUUUCAUUUAAAUGACUGGGAUGCUAAAGCAACUUGCGUGGAAAAAGAUCUUAUGAUUAAUGAAAUUGUACAGUUGAUGGUCAUUGGAGAGUUUAAAGCACCUCUAUAUGAACCAGUGGAAUUGAAAAACUAUGUUUUCGCUUUUAGAAAUACUGUACACUGUGAAGCUUUUGCUACAGUAAGUUACGUUUUUGAUUUCACUUUACCGUAA